AUGGGUGACGCGUAUUGUUCCGACUGUAAGCGUAGCACCGAGGUAGUUUUCGAUCACUCGGCGGGUGACACGGUUUGUUCCGAGUGCGGACUCGUGUUGGAGUCGCACUCGAUCGACGAGACUUCUGAGUGGAGGACUUUUGCGAAUGAGUCCGGAGACAAUGAUCCAGUCCGUGUUGGCGGCCCGACCAACCCUUUGUUGACAGAUGGUGGGCUUUCCACCGUGAUUUCGAAGCCUAAUGGGACGACCAGUGAUUUCUUGUCGUCGUCGUUGGGUCGGUGGCAAAAUCGUGGUUCCAAUCCCGAUCGGUCUCUAAUCUUGGCUUUCAAGACCAUCGCCACCAUGUCCGAUAGGUUGGGGCUUGUGGCAACCAUAAAGGAUCGGGCUAAUGAGAUAUACAAGAAGGUGGAAGAUCAAAAAUCUAGUAGAGGAAGAAACCAAGAUGCGAUAUUGGCUGCUUGCCUGUACAUUGCUUGUCGACAAGAAGAUAAGCCACGCACUGUAAAGGAAAUUUGCUCUGUUGCAAAUGGAGCAACGAAGAAGGAAAUUGGUCGAGCCAAAGAAUACAUAGUGAAACAACUAGAGCUUGAGAUGGGUCAGUCGGUAGAAAUGGGAACUAUACAUGCUGGGGAUUUUAUGAGGCGCUUUUGUUCAAAUCUUGGGAUGACCAAUCAAACAGUUAAAGCUGCCCAAGAAUCUGUCCAAAAGUCGGAAGAGUUUGAUAUAAGGUAUUUGGAUUUUCUCAUAUGUCGUUAUGCAUAA